AUGUCUAGCACCGUCCAAACCGCCGAUCGUAUCCAUGUCGCCUGCGUUACUUGUCGUCGGAGGCACAUUAAGUGUGUUCCAGCCAAAAAGCAUACUGAACGGCGUUCAUGUGUCACUUGCCUGAGGAAAAACAUCAUUUGCGAGUAUCUUGAAGUCGGGGAAGAGCAAGCCAGGUCGGUUCCCCGACCGCGACAUGCAGCGCCAUUGCCCUUGAAGCUCCCCAUUGCUUUCGAGUUUCUCGGCGCCCACGAACCGCGAAAUAGUCACCCAUUGACGGCAAGCCUGCAUGGCGGCCGACCGGAAACUCUUCCCAAAUCUGGCUCGCUGAGCCGAAAUACUCGCAACUCUCAUGCUCAAGCCCCUCGAUUCACACCAUACCAACAUAUGAGCAGUCGUCAGCAGUCGCCAUCACCCACUUACCAGCUUCACUUUGACGAGCUCUCCUACGGGGGUGUACAUUCAACUUUAAACCUUGAUUCGCCAGUGGCGGAGGAUACGGCUCGCAUCUCCUCUUUCAGUCGUUCAAGGAAUAACAGCAGGGCAAGCAGUCUCGAUAGCUGCUAUAGCGAGGCAUCCGCGUUGUCUCUCGCCUCGAUGUACACUGGAGCUACUUCGCCAUGGGAUUCUCCAAGCCCACAAUGCCCUGCGGUGAACUGGGAGCUGACAUGGCCGGUUGGCGCAUAUCCACAUUAUGAGCCUCCUAGUAUUUACGGAGAUCAUGAUGGUUAUCUUGCUUGA